UCUAAAACCAUAUCUCUGAAAGAAAAAGAAAAAAAAGACUUUUCAAACAAGAACUGUUACAAGAGUUUUGCUUUUCAUUUUGUUGAAUUAUCUUUUCAUUUUACUCUGAAAAAAAAAAUGACGUGUGAUUCAGAGAUUAAGUUGUUUGGUAAGAUACUUCCGGUGGUUGUCUCCGGUAAGACUUCAAGUGGUAGUAAAGCAAGCAGUGAAGGAAGUGAUUAUGAAAAUCAAGAAACUGUAAAGGAUGAUAUGAUAGGAGAUGAAAAUCAGAUGAUGGAAGAAUCAGAAAGUCCUAAGACUUCAUCAGAAUCAGAGAAUAGUCCUAAAUCUUCUACUGAUGAAGACUCUCAAGCAGUAAAAUCAUCCGAGAUUGAAAAUGAACCGACUAACGCCACAAAUUCUGAGCAGAACAAUCUGAAGAAGCCAGACAAGAUUCUCCCGUGCCCUCGUUGCAAUAGUUCGGAUACAAAAUUCUGUUACUAUAAUAACAACAAUGUGAACCAGCCUCGUCAUUUCUGCAGGAGCUGCCAGAGGUAUUGGACUGCUGGUGGUACUAUGAGGAAUCUCCCCGUGGGAGCUGGUCGUCGCAAGAACAAGAAUCUUGCAUCUCAUUAUCGUCAUAUAAGUAUCUCAGAAGGAUUACUAGGAUCAAGAAUUGAAUCUCCAAAUGGUUUAAUUCAUCAUCCAAUAUUCAAACCAAAUGGCACUAUUCUAUCCUUUGGUCCUGACUUGCCCCUGAGUGAAUCUAUGGCUCUAAAUCAAGCAGAGAAAAGGAUAUCGAAUGGUAGCCAAACUGGUUCUCACAAAGUAGAACACGAGAAUUCUUCUUGCAUCCCGAAUUCAAAUAUGAUGGUGGAAGAAGGUAAAAGAGAGUCAAACGAGGCAGUUAUGCAGAACACAAAUGGCUUCCCGUCUCCAGUCCCUUGCCUGCACGGAGUACCUUGGCCUUUUCCAUGGAAUGGUGCAGUUCCAAUGUCGGCUGUUUGCCCCAUUGGUUUCCCUAUGCCAUUCUUCCCAGCACCUUAUUGGAAUUGCAGUGUGCCUCCUUGGAGUAAUCCUUGGCUGAGUCCACCUAUGCAAACAGCAAACGAGAAAACAUCAUGUUCUGAUCCUAAUUCACCUUUAGGGAAGCGUUCAAGAGAAGGGGAUUUGCUUAAGCCAAGCAAUCCCGAGGGCAAAGAACAAUCAGAACAAAAGAACUCUGAGAGGUCUAUUUUGAUCCCAAAAACAUUGCGGAUUGAUGAUCCUGAUGAAGCUGCAAAGAGUUCUAUAUGGUCAACACUUGGGAUUAAAUAUGAUUCUGCUAGUAGAGGAGAAUUUUUGAAGGCCUUGCAACCAAAAAGUGAUGACAAGGACUACAAAGCUAAUACAUCUCCAGUAUUGCAUGCUAACCCUGCAGCUUUAUCUAGAUCUAUCAGCUUCCAACAAAGAGCCUAAAGAUGAUCUUAUGGACCUCCAAAGAAUUCUAUAUGGUCAUCACAUGGGGAAGCUUUUGUAGAAACCAGUGUUUAUAGUUUUCUUGGUUACCAAUAAGAGCUAGUGUCUGGCUUGGUUUUACUUUUGUGUGUUUUCUGAUGUACAUAUCUUUUUACAGCUAACACUAGAAGGAGGAUCACAGGGAUGUUUAGAUCCACCAGGUGUAACAUAUUUAAAGUAAUGUCAAAGUUAGUUUGGAGAGCCCAGCUCUAUUAGUACCA